UCCUCGCCCUAACCAUAACCAUACUUGUCUUCAUCUAUGACCAUAACCUACCAACUAAAAUUGUGAGUUAAAUUAUUUAUUAUUUCUUAGUUUAGUGCAAGUUCUCCGGUUAAUUUUUAUUGGCACUUCUAUUGCAAAUUCUUAAAUAUAAGAAAACGAGGACGGAAGUGAUUCUAGCACUAGUUUACCAUGAUUUUAUCGCCCAAAGAGACAGGAAAGUACAUUUGCGACCAUGCAACCCAUGUAAAAUUGAAUCCCAAAGGAAUCGAGAAGUUAGGAGAUAUUUUAAUAGAAGAAAUCAAUUCAGGGCACUUGAGACCUGAUAAUUUCAGUCAAACAGAUUGUCAUCCUAAACCGGGGGAUCUCAAUGCCGUAGAUUGGAUUUUUGUUGUCGACACUUUGAAUUUCUGUUUUUGGCAUUUUGAGGACAAGGAAGCAUGGCAAGUGGAAGGCUAUUCUGGAUAUUAUGCAUUAUGUGCGGCGAUUAAGAGAGCCAUUAAGGAAGGAAUCGACAUUUUGAAUCCCAAUUUAACCGCUACGAUUACUGAGGAACAAUUAAGAAACGUGUUGCGCGGUGAUACUGAAGUAGAAAUUCCAUUACUACCCGAAAGGGUGAGGUGCCUGCAUGAAGUAUCCCAGAUACUCAUUGAUAAGUUUGCAGGAUCAUUCCGCAAUGUAGUCAUCACAGCUGAAAACAGUGCUAAAACAUUGCUUUCACUAAUCGUAAAUAAUUUCAGCUGUUUCAAAGAUGAAGCCGUUUUCAUGGAUCGCCCUGUGUCCUUUUAUAAAAGGGCACAGAUAUUGAUUGGGGAUAUUUGGGCUUGCUUUAAAGGACAAGGCCUGGGAUAUUUUAAAGAUAUCGAUGACGAAAUGACAAUGUUUGCGGACUACAGAGUACCACAAACUCUUCUUUGGUUUGGGGUUUUCGAGUAUAGCAAACAUUUAAGUGAUAAAUUAAAGCGAGAUAUUCUGAAAAAUGGCGAUAUUGAGGAGCAAGAGAUUAGAGGGUGUUCCAUUCAUGCUGUAGAGCUCUUGAAGGACUAUGCCAAUAAAAAACUUGCAUCCAAGGCGACCAAUUCGGUGUUGAUUGAUCAUUUUUUGUGGGAUUUUCGGCGGAAACAUGCACAAGAAAUUGCAAAUAUGGGACUACCGUUUCACAAAGUAUUCUGCAUAUAUUAUUAGUGACUUAUGUAAGACUUAUGUUGUACAUGUAAGCCAACAAUCGCUAACCAUUUUAGCUGAAUAUAGAGUUUUGCACUAUA